AUGGAGGACUCAUCAGGCUCUGAUCGUCCACUGAAGCGUGUCAAGUAUGAGCGACCGGAGGACCACUACAUUCCCAUUCCGACCCUUCCAGGGAACAUGGCCUUGGGGAUCACCGGGCCUGUCAACAACGUCCCCGGCCCUUUGACCGAUGCCCCAUUGUUUGGAACCCCGUGGCCAUUCCAGUCAGGCCUCCAGUCAGGCUUGGCGUCUCCGCCCCUCUCCGAGGAUCUCCCUCCAUGGCUAACAUUCCAUGCAGCACCGCAUUCUGCAGGGCUGGACAUCGAACAUCCCUCUGCCACACCCAGCCAACCUCAAACUUUGUCUCAUCAGGGUUCUCAUUCAUCCCGCUUGCCUCGCCUACUUCCCGCCAUCCCGGCUGAUCCUCUAGGAGCCAUUCUUCAUCCCCAAGACACUUUAAUACAGAGGCCACCCGCAAGGACCCUCUUUAGCCCCUUCACCGAUGGCGAAGACCGCUUGGUCAAGUCCAUCGCUCCUCGAUAUGUUCGUCCUAAAAAUGGCCAAGUGAAUGGUUAUGUCAAGUUUAAUUGGCCAUCAAGAAGGCCCUCCAUCCGACCAUCCGGCCCCGACCCUCCUCCUAUUGCCGCCGUGGAGGAAAUUAUGGACUCGACACCGACGACGGCUGUCAGUCGUAGAUCUAGCAUCGUCAGCCUCAUCGGACCACCAGCCGCCCCCUCCAGAGCGGGUACCGUGACAAUGUCGCCAGGCGAUUCAGACCUCUCCUGGAGCGCCUUCUCAUCAUCACCUAUGGACUCAGUGUCACCAGUGUCUUCUCAAGUCUUGACAAUGCAACUCACAACUGACGAGCCACGGAUGCUACCCCCACACUUUGGAUUUCAGGCCAAGAUGGAUAUGAUGGAUAGGCGGUUAUGGGAUUUCUAUAUCAAAAACUGGUGCCCUGGUAGGAGUGUUCUCAGCAACACCAACCUGUGGCUGAAAGACUUCGCCCAGAUGCAUGAAAAUGAAGGCAUUCGAUGCGCGAUCCAAAGCUUGGCAGGAGUGUAUAUCUAUGAUUAUCUUCCAGACGAACGUAUUCGACAGCGAAUCAACGAGCGAUACGUUCUGGCCGAUGCGCACUUUAGCAAUCUCCUUGCCUCCCCAGAAAGCUUUGAAAUUGGGAAGGGUAGUGAGGUCAUCACUAUGGCUGUCAUUCUCUCGAUGCAAGAUAUCAUCCUCACAGAGCGCCGUCUCAAAAAUCCGUUUACGCCUCGUUGGUUGGAGGGCUUCAAGCAAGGCGAGCAUUUUCUCCACGUCACGGACCCGGGAGGUCGUUUCUGGCGAGAUAAUAACAUCCAGCUCACCAACCUUCGUAUCUCGCAGUCCAUUAUCGUGGGCCGGGCUGUUAUUCUCGCUCAGCCCAUGAUAGCGUUUCCUUCGCCCACUGAUCUUGACCCGAUACAGGAGGCGUCGAGGUUUGGAUGGCUCCUGUAUGGCACCGAGAAGACCAUGUACGAGAUCCACGGAGGGUGCGGUUUCUCAAAGAAGUUGCUGCAUACCAUCAGCCAGAUCACAUGCUGCGCAGCGCGUCUGCAGCAGGAGCCUGAGAGCGCCAUUGUGCCCAUCACCGCUCGCUACUUACUACGCGAGCUUCUGGAGAUGCGGCAGUGGAGUAGCGAGUCUAUACCAUUUGAAACUGCCCAGCAGUGUCCACAGCCAAUCGAAUGGAUACGAUCGAGGCCUAACGACUUUGUUAUUGAUACAGAUCAGGAUAUGACGGAUGCAACGGCCGAGGCAUGGAGGUUUGCUUCGAUUAUCUAUUUGCAAUGUCGACUCUUGAGGCUACCUCGAAACCACCCGGAUGUCCUCAGCAAUUUGACAGACUUGGCCAAGUGCAUACGCAUCAUGCCCACCUCCGGUCCGCAUUUCACCGCUCAGGCACCUCUGCUACCAGUUUUCUUCCUCGGCUUGCUUGCUACGAAUCCGGAUCACAAGAACGUGUCACAGGCUUGGUUCGAGGAGGUAGUGCGGACGCCAGUGCGAAGUAGCGUGCCACCCCUGUAUCAGGCUUUAAAGCGGAUCUGGGCCUGGAUCGACGCCAAGGUCGAAAUCCCGUCUAUGCCAACUGCGUUGCAAAAGUCUAUCGGCAUAAGGUACCCAUGGUGGGAACACCUCGUCGCAAAUGUCCACGACAAAGAAGAGACCCUGUGCCUAACAUAG